GAUGCGGAAUGGGUCUCCCAUAUAAGUAGAUAAAAAUCGGCAGCAUUACGAAGCAAUCUUGUGGACUUUUUCUUUGGAAAGGGAACUGAUAUAGGCAAAAAUCUGCCUUUAUUCCCUUAUUGGGUUCUCCAUCGGUUGGAGAAUAUAACAGAGGCCAACCAGAGAAGUUUGAGAAGCAAAGCCUUUAUUUUCGCUGUUGCAACAGGGUCCUUCCUCUCACACAGGAGAACAAGGAAGGAACCCCAAACAAAGAUGUCUUGCCCUUAAAAAGAAAUUUGAAAUUGGUUUCAGCCCACCCCCCAGAAGCAUCAUCCAUAUGUCACAGAAGGGGUGUAGCCCAAGACCCCCCCUCCCUAGAUUCAUCAUAGGUACAUCAUGAACGGGGAGGUCUGGUGGCAGUAAUCUGAGCAGUCUGGACCCUGCCCCCUGCCCCCAAAACCUAAUCAACAAAAUUGAGAGAUAUUUACAUUUCCCUGUUUCCCAGCCAAGUUAAUCACACCCUUUUGUCUGGCACUCAGGUAUCAGGAUGCCAGGGAUUAUCACUUUAAUUCCUGAGACAAUGAGAAGGUUCCCCCCCACCCCACUUCUUCCUUGCAGAGGAACACCUGGUCAGAGAGAGUCAAAAUUGUGUCAGUCAGGCCUGUUUUCCUGUGCUGCUUCAGACAUGUUUCUGUACAUUCAUGUACAUGUUUUAUGAACCAUUAUUAUAUAUAUAUAGAUAUGACCUCAAAACAGGAUUGCUGCUUUUAAUUGUUGGUUUUUAAAUGAGGGGUUGCCAACUUUUUGGGGCCUCUGGGCGCAUUUAGAAUUUGCAACAGACUAGGGCUGUAUGUUAACUAUGCAAAAGUGGUAUAGGCUUCGGAAUGUUUCUUUUUUAUUUAUUUCAUAAAAUUUCAUACACUUCUUGAUUGUAAACAGACAAGCAAACACGCAAAGCGUUUUACAAAAAAAGAGAAGGCAAUAAAAUUGUAAAUAAGAAGACUUGAGUCCUGAUAAUUUAAGGUUUUCAAAAAGUAAAAAUAGGAAUAAAUAAAAAAACAGAUUAAAGCUCGCAUCAGCUUUCGAAACGUCCUUCCAGUUCUAUGAUUCUAUCUAGGCAGGCUUGUCUAAACAAAAAUGUUUGUAGUAGGUGCCGAAAAAGGCGGCUGCUUGAUAUCAAUAGGCAGGGAGUUCCAGAGUUUAAGUGCUGCCACACUAGAAUAUCAAGUUCUUACAAAGACAGAAUGGGUAUUAUGUGGCAAUUGUGAUGGUGCCAGUUCUGCCGAUUGAAGAUUGUGCUUGUAGACAAACCAACACAACAUUGCAUUGUAGUCAGAGGUGAUGUUACCACAGAUAAAUGUUAUGACUCGCCUCCCGUCAUUUAUUUCAUUAAUUCCUCACUAGAAGAGCCUAGAACACCACCUGUUCCCUUUUCCUUUUGGAGAGGUGUGUGAGCCUGAACUUUAUCCAAACACUCCAGAUUUUCGUUAUUUAGAUAUCGGGUCACUAACUCUCUCCAAGGUUGAUAGAAGGUUGUUAACUUUGCAAGCCUCCUAUUGUAACUGAUCCUACCUAUAUAUUUGCCAUUUACCGGUAUAUAUUAUUUCCCAAGUGUGUCAUGAGAAUGCCCGGUUCACCUGUGUAUAUAUAUACUUUUCUGAUGUAAUAUUUGGAUGUUUUAAUUCUUUUAUAUCAGUUGCAUGGAAUUAUACAGUUGGAAGGGACCCCGAGGUUUAACCUUUGUCAUUCUUUACCAACCUGGCGUCCUCCAGAUGUUUUGGACUACAACUCCCAUCAGCCCUAGCCAGCAUGGGAUGCUGGGACUUGUAGUUCUAAAGUGCAACUCUGCAUGGGGAUGCCCUUGAAGACGACUUGGAGACUUCAGUUGGUCCAGCCAGAUUACUGGCAGAGGUUCCAUUUAUAUCCCAUGUGAUUCCUGUUUUAAAAGAGCAGCACUGACUGCCAAUUUGUUUCUGGGCUCAAUACAAGGUGCUCAUGUUAGUAUUUACCGUAAAGCCCUAAACAACAGACCUCAAAUGCCUUUAAGGUUGCCUCCUUCCCCACAGACUCUCUUGGGUGUUAAGACUACCUCUUGGUAAUUCCACUCUCAAAUGUUCAGGAGGUGGUGGCCUAGGGACAGGGCCUUCUCUGUAGUAGCCCCUAAGAUAUGGUCGUGACCGACUCUGGGGUUGUGGCGUUCAUCUCGCGUUAUUGGCCAAGGGAGCCGGCGUACAGCUUCCAGGUCAUGUGGCCAGCAUGACUAAGCCGCUUCUGGCUAACCAGAGCAGCACACGGAAACGCCAUUUACCUUCCCACCAGAGUGGUACCUAUUUAUCUACUUGCACUUCAUGCUUUCGAACUGCUAGGUUGGCAGGAGCAGGGACCAAGCAACGGGAGCUCACCCCGUCGCGGGGAUUCGCUGACCUUCUGAUCGGCAAGCCCAAGAGGCUCAGUGGUUUAACCCACAGCACCACCCGCGUCCCUUUAAGACUGCAUAGAUCCAAUUAAAACUGAAAUGAAUCGUGUAAACUGUGGGGCUCUGGGUCUAGCUGCCUGACUGGUCGCCAUCUUAACCGGAAGGUUAAAAUUCCCUCAACCUUCUAAGCAUCUGGGUUGGCUUGUCUAAACAAAAAUAUUUCUGGCAGGUGCUGAAAAGAGUAUAGUGAAGGCACCUGCUUGAACAGGCAGGGAGUUCCAAAGUGCAGGUCCUGCCAAACUAACAGACUGAGUCCUUACAAAUGUGGAAUGGGUAUUACGUGGCACCUGUAGUAUUGCCAUUUCCACCAAUCUAAGCAGGUGGGCACAUAGGGGGUAAGACAAUCUCUUGGGUAAACCGGUCCUGAGUUGCUGAGGGUUUUAUGUGCUAAUAGUAACACCUUGUCCUUAGCCUGGUAGCAAAUUGGUAACCAGUGUGGAUUUCUGAGCAGCGAUGUUAUAUGCUUAGAAGGCCUGCCUCGUGUCAGCAAUUGUGCUGCAAAAUUAUGCACGAACUGCAGCGCGAAGGAAGCCUCACAUAGAGAGCAUGGCUUCCACACUGUGCCACAAAUAAUAAUAAUAAUAAUAAUAAUCCUGAAAUUUUGCAUAUUGGUGGUGAGAGAAGGAGCCGGUCAUUCCUGAUCAACAGCUCAUGGCUUGGAGGCAGCUGCCCAGGAAACCACCUAAAAGAACAGACUGUUUCAUAGAGUUGUAGAAUUAUAGAGUUGGAAGGGACCAUUUGCAUGAACUAUUCUGGGAUUUCCACCUUGUCUACCUUCCUGCUCCUUUUUUUCCAGGAGCUCAGUUGAUGUCAUCCCUCAUUACUCUUGCCUUACCUAUGACCCAUAAUGGCCCAGUGGCAGAGUGCCCGCUUGGCAUGCAAAAAAUUCCUGGUUCAGUCUCCACUGACAUCUCGAGCUAGGGCCUUCAAUCAUAUGCAAAAAUAAAAACAUGGCACAGUUUUCUGCCUUGUACAAUUACUGACCCCUUUCACAUGUACCCUUUUGGGACGCAGCCUUUGAACGCUGACUUAUUGCCAUGCCCACUUUGACGCGCAUCUCUCCCCUGCGUGAGGGUCAGCCGUCGGUCAUUGUGGCCGGUGGCCCCAACAAGAUUAGUCACCCUAGGCUUGCCUGUUUCAGCUAAAAGUAAGCUGCCUUCAUUUUAUUUUUUAACAGCAGACUGGAAGGUGAUUUUGAACAAGACAGCAGGUGUUUCAUGGAACUAUAAAAUUCAAUUCUACAAUUCCAGCUUUUGCUUUUUUUAAAACAAACCAACAAGCAGCUUCCUUUCAGUUAAGGGAGCCAAGGCAAGAGCGGCUAAUAUAUUUUUUAGGACUGCAGGCUGCAUUGACCCAUAGCUGACUCGGUCAAACUGUUUCAUCAUUGAGGGCAUCCAACUGGCUGAGGCUGUCCAGCCUGUCUCCAUAUCUCCAAGGCCAACACAGGUGUGUGCGAAAUAGCCCCAAACAGGCACCAGUACCUUUCCACAGGGCCUGCACUGGUGCAUUCAUAGCUCAGGGCACUGCCCCUCAAAGGCAGCCUCUCCUUAGAGCCCCAUUGCAUAAGAUUGAGCCUGCUGGGUCAGGCCAGUGGCCCAUCUAGUCCAGCAUCCUGCUCUAACAAUGACCAAACAAUUCCCGGUGGGAAACCAGCAAGCAGGAUUCAAGCACUGACCCCACCUGUGGUUUCCAGCAACUGGUAUUCAGAAGAGUAGAUGGGGAAACCCAGCCAGAUGGGCGGGGUAUAGAUAAUAAAAUUAUUAUUAAUAUUAUCUCUGCUGCGGAGGCAGAGCAUAGCCAUUGUGACUAGCAGCCAUCGACCGCCCUCUACUCCAUAAAUUUGUCUAAUCUUUUAAAGCUACCCAAGCAAGUGGCAAUCGCUGCCUUCCUGUGGGAGCGAGUUUAACACUGAACUUUCUUUUCUCUGACCUGAACCUUUCAACAUUCAGCUUCAUUGGAAGCCCACAAGUUCUAGCGUUGUGAGAAAAGAGGAAGAACUUUCUCCGUGCCUCGGAUAAUUUUAUAAACUUCUAUUUCACGUCUUACUCACGUUUUCUCUAAGAAAUCCCAAACGCUGCCACGUUUCCUUAUAGGGGAUCCCCUUGAUCAUUUUGGUGGUCCUCUUCUAAACCUUUUCCAACUCUACAAUAUCCUUUUUGAGGUGAGGCAACCAGAACUGUACAGAAAAGUCCAAAUGUUGGUCUCACUUUGUUAUUUGUUAUUACUUCAUAUAUAUAUAUGUUUUGAGGUUUUAUCAGCCUUCGCCAUCCUGGAGCCCUCCCAGUGUUUUGGACUCUAAGUUCCAUCAACCCCAACAAGCAUGACUGGUGGGAGUUGUAGCAUGAGGCACCUGAAGAGCGCCAGGUUAGGGAAGCCCAAUGUGCAGAUGAUAUUUUACAGUAGGGGUGGAAAGAUCCUUGGCCAGCGGGAUCUAGAACUCUGAAAUCCACUAACGAAAGACAAACAGAUUUAAAGAAAUCUGAGCUCAUGAAUUCUUUUUUUUUAAGUACUACUAGAGUACGUGAUCGACGUUUUAUAGCAUUACGCUUGGGGUGGAUAAAAGUGAUUAGGGGAGAGUUUUUUCUCCCUCUCUCAUAAUAGAAGUUGUGGACAUUCAACAAAGCUGAAUGUUGGAAGAUUCGGGGCAGAUAAAAGAAAGAACUUCUCUCGCAGCACACAGUUAAACUAUGGAACUCACAAAGAAAUCUAUUAAAACACAGGUGGUAAAAACAGCACUAUUAAAAUUAAUACGAGGGACCCAGCUCAGUUGCAGACAGUGUUAAGCCAAAUGCUUCACCCAAGACACCACGAUGAGUAAUUUGGAGGGAUGUGACACCACAUUGGUGUCCUGGGUUGUAGCUGGAAGCGUGAGAGUAUCUAGGGGAAAUGGGUAGAGUUGUGGGGUGUGGAUCCUUUUUCCUCCUGGCUUUAUAAUCCUCCCAAGUCUUCUUACAACAGGCCAGGAAGGUAGCAUUCUGGUUGGGCCAGGUCCUGGUUUCUGGCUAGGUGGCAACCCAGUUCAUCAUCGCUGAGUAACCAGAGCCUACCUAGUCCUGCUUGAUCUGGAUUUAGGAGCCCAGGCAUCCGGCUCACAAGUCUGGCUUCUGUUUCAGGAUCGAGGCUGGUCAUUUCUCUUCUAAAUAUUAACCCAGGGUUACAGUUCCGUCAUAGGCGCUCAUGAGAGCCCUUAUUGAUUCUCGUGAGUCAAGACUGUGCCAGGGUUUAAGGUUCACAAAAGGGUAACCGUAGUGAAGAAAGGUUGCAGUGUUUGGGGUUUUUUUAGCUUAGAGAAAAGUCGAGAAAGAGGCGACGUGAUAGGUUUAUAAAAUUAUGCUUGGCAUUGGGAAAGUGGGUAGAGAUAAGUUUUUCUCCCUCUUGAAGCUACGACUUGUUGACUUCCAAUGAAGCUGAAGAUUGGAAGAUUCAGGACAAGAUAAAAGGAAGUCCUUCACACAGCACGUAGAGCCAGACGAAGAUGAUGAGGCGAGCCUAGCUAUAGACUUGUCCAGAAACAGAUUGCACCUCUACUUUCCAGAUCUAAAUUGCAGGGAGUCAUCAGGACCAGGGAUAAAUUGCGGUUAUGGCGCUCUAGCUUGAGAAGCCCUCUUGAUGCAACUGUCCCCUUGAGAAGAAGCUGAAAUUUCCUGGAGAUCUUCCUGGAGAUCCCAAAAUGGCGGCUGUCCCUUUGGAGGAGGUGGUGAUGGUAGUUUUGGGAAAGGACCCGCCUGAGAACCAGGAAGUGACAAGUUACACCCCAGAGCAGAAUUCUGAGGCGACCCUGCCGUGGGAUCAAGCCCAUCAUGAUACGUCUUGUGAGACGCCAACACUGGAAACAUUGGAGACAGGCUCAAGACCAAGUCCUGAGGGGAGCAGGGAAGAGGCUAUUAUGGGGCCUGGUAUGGACAAUGAGGCCUUCCCUGGAGUUCCCGCUACCCAAGUGGCAGAGGAAAAGGAGGAGGAGGAGGAGGAGAAAGAGGAUGACAACUGUAUGCCUGCGGUGGCGGCCCAAGUCUUCAUCCCCAUCGACCCCUACUGCAUCGAACGUACGCCAGUAAGCGAGAAAAAGGAAUGGUACCCAGUGUACGAUGAAGAGGACGAGAUUAUCCGCUGUGAGAGGGAGAACGCUGCCCUCGAGAAGCAGAACUUCAUCUCCCGCGGCUACUCAGCCCAUUUUGACGACUCGCCCAGCUACGAGGGAAAGCCGGGCAAGACCUGCGCCGAGAGGUGGCCUUGCCUUCAAAAUGGCACCUGCAGCUCAGCCAACCUCAAAGCGGUGGCUUCCAUGAUUGGAGCCGCCGUCGUCUUCCCCUGCCUGAUCUACGGGGCAUAUGUCUUCUUGCCCUUUGACGCGCCCUUCUUGCCCACCAUGAGCUCCCGCCUGGUCUACACCAUGCGGUGUGGCGUCUUUGCCACCUUCCCGAUCAUCGUAGGUAUGAUCGUGUAUGGGGUCUCGCGGAUCUGCUUCUCGUCCCUGCAGCCCUUUGGCGAGCUGCGCCGGGAGGUGGAGAUCCACCGCCACUACGUCUCCCAGUCGGUCCAGCUCUUCAUCCUGUACUUCUUCAACAUCUCCGUCCUCUCCACUUACCUGCCCCAGGAAGGCCUCAAGCUCAUCCCUCUGCUGACAGCCCUCUUUGCCAUUUCACGGCUCCUCUACUGGCUAGCCUACGCCAUGGGCCGCUCCUUCCGUGGUUUUGGAUUCGGCCUGACGUUCCUGCCCCUCUUCACCAUGCUGUUGUUCAACCUCUACAGCAUGUUCAUCAUGGAUCCAGAGAACAUGUUUGCGGUGGCCGACAGCAGUGGCAAGUCCUCCCAGGAGAAGGAGCAGCGCCUGGCAGCCCCCAAGCCUCGGUUCUGGGGGUGAAGAGGGCAGGAGGGGAGGGGAGAGGCCUCAGCCCAGGCCCCCUCUCUUGGAUGGCUGUGCCUUGCCUUGAACUCUGGCCUUGCUCCUAUGGACAUUUUACAUGAUGGCACUCAGGUCUCACUACCUGACGGGUCCCCUGCUAUAGUCCUAAUGUUUGGUACACCCGUAGGGCAAGGAGCCCUCUUUCCCAUUACUUGGAGCCCACUUUGUCCUCAAAACGGGGGCCAAAUCAUAUCCUAUAGUAUUCAUGUUUAUUCUAGACCAGCUGCAAAGUUGAAAUCUGAAGUGCAGGUAGCCUUAUUGUGUGAGAAGUCUGAAGCCAGGGACGUUUGUAGGCCGUGCUUUUUUUCCUGGGGGGAUGGCAGGGGUACGCAUACCCCUAAACAUUUUGUGAAUCUUUGUACUUUUGUCCAUUUACUGUAUUUAUUUCCCCCGAUUUGAACUAUAAAAUGGUGAUUUUCUUGAGUCAAAAUGAGAGUACUCCUGAAUAUUUUUUAAAGAAAAAAAGCACUGUUUGUAGAUCAUCAUCUCCUGGAAAUAGGAGGAAAUCAGAGUUACCCAGAAAUGGUUGUGGUAGGGCCAGGCUGUGCGGAAAAUGGACACUACAUAGAACCAUAUACCGGUAACCGGUAAUUGUAGCUUUGAAAGGUGUCCCAAGGGUCAUCUAGUCCAACCCCCUGCAAUGCAGGAACCACAGCUACAGAACCCCUGGCAGAUGCCCAUCCGACUUCUUCCUAAAAGCUUCCAGGGAAAGAGAGUUUGCCACCUUCUGAGGAAGUCCGUUAAGCCGCUGAAUAGCUCUUGCCACCAGAAAGUUGUUCCUGAUGUUUCAUGUUUCCUUUCUUGUCAUUUGAAUUCAUUGAUUCCUUGUCACAUGGCCCAACGUGCACCUAGAUUAAUAGGAAAACCUGGAUAUGAGGCAUGCUUUCCAGCCAACAAAAAUCUGGGCUGUGAUGUUUGCUUAGUCAGAGAGAUCAGUAUCCCAGUCCAAAGCUGAGUGGCAGAGGGAAGGGUUGGAUCUCCAAGUGAGCAAGAAUGCAAUUACUGGUAAUAAAAAGCAUAAAAAACCAGGAAUGUGUAUGCAGAUAGCAAGCUUCAGCCUGGCAGGACCUGGCUGCAAAUUAUUGCACAGACUCUCUGGGGUGGUGGUCUGCCCU